GAGGAGGCUCGGCCAUGGCCGAUUACGAGAUCUCGGUGGAGGAGCUGAACGACCUGCUGGCCAACGGCAGCGGCUGCUACAGCCUGCCCAGCGCGCACAGCAACGAGGUGGUGCCGCGCAUCCACGUGGGGAACGCGUUCAUAGCCAAGAACAUUAUGAGGCUGCAGCGCCUGGGGAUAACCCAUGUUCUGAAUGCAGCAGAGGGGAAAUCAUUCAUGCAUGUGAACACUAAUGCAGAGUUCUAUGAAGGCACAGGCAUCAGAUACCAUGGCAUUAAAGCUAACGAUACGCAGGAGUUUAACCUCAGCCGCUAUUUUGAGGAGGCAGCUGAUUUUAUUGAGAAAGCACUUUCCCAGAAGGAUGGACAGGUGUUCGUGCACUGCCGCGAGGGUUACAGCCGCUCCCCCACGCUGGUCAUCGCCUACCUCAUGCUCCGCCGCCACAUGGACGUCAAGACCGCGCUGAGCACCGUGCGGCAGAAGCGGGAGAUCGGCCCCAACGACGGCUUCCUGAGGCAGCUGUGCCAGCUCAACGAGCGAUUAGUGAAGGAGGGCAAACUGAAGCCCUAGGACGGGGGGCGCUGCGGUGUUUAUUUUUUUUUUAAGUCUCUCAGACCUUUAGAGGACAUCUUAGAGACCCCAAACCCCCCCCAGCCACCAAGCUAGAGAGAGGCAGGAUUCCUGCUCGUCCGGCGAAAGUAUCUGUCUUGAACUCUGGGACUGUCGAUGCAGCACAAAGCUGUGUUGCUGUUUGGAGCUGUUGCAAUGAAGAGGUGUUUUUAGAGGGGUAUCUCCAGUGAGAACAGCUAUCUCCACGUGUAUUUCAGAGCCCCUGAAGACUUCAUAGCAUGUGUGGUUUGCACUGACACUGAAUGUGAUUCGUUUAAGCUUUAUCUUGUGUCUCACCAGAGCACGAGUUUCUGAAAGCCCCGACACAUCUCAUCACUCACUCACUCACUUAACAGAAGCACUGUAAUUUCUAAAGCUUCUUUUUCAUGCACAGAGGUGCCUAAAGUUUGAAUGUAGGAGCUGAAAGGAGUGGAGAAGUGUAUGUACAAAUGCACAGAUGCACUGGUUUGUAAAAUGAAGUGUAUGCAGCGUUUGGUGUGGAUUUAUGCAAUACACAGUGUGUAAUAAGUAGUAAAGCCAUUCAGAGCCCAUUCUUGAUGCACACUGUAUUUCCAAGAAUAGCUGUACCUCCUGCUGUUGUGAUUGACAUGAAAUAGUGUGUUAUUAAAUGCCCUUUUAUUUUUGUUCUGAAUUCAUACUAGAAAAAAAUGUCAUCAGCAAAUGCCGAGGAAAAAACUUGAGCAAGGGAGAAGUAAUGUUUGUAUUUAGAAAUGCUUGUACUGGAUGUAUGAUAAAGUCCUAAGUAUCAGAAUGUGAUGGCUUUCAGAGCUUGUAUGGAAUUACAGUGUCUUUAUCCCUUAUUUACUGUCACUGUUUAUCAGCAUAAAAUGGAAUGAGCACACACACCUUCCAGUAGGGCGCCACAGGUGUGCUUACAAAGCAGUUUGCAGAAGUGUACUCUUGACUUCUUAGAUUGCUUGCAUGGUGUCAUUCAAUUAGAAAUGAGAAUUGUAACGUACCACAAUGUAUAGGAAAUAUUUACUUUCUAUUAAAAUAAAGGAUGUCUUGAUUCUGUUUGACAUACA